AGAACGGGUCGCAAUCGCUCUGAAAACUGGUCAAAGCCAAGUGCAGCAAACUGGAGUCUCUAACGAGGACAACCCCCAUCUAAUCCCGGAUCUUUGGUAUACGCAGUACACUGUACUGUAAAGACUUGCAACGAAAUAGGACUUUUCUUUCCAAGCAGUAACAACAAGCAGGCAGCAAUGAUGGAGGAUUCCGCAAAUGCAAUGGGAGGAGGAAUGGAUCAGCAGCAACUGUCCGGUAACGCGGCCUACGAAAACAGCAUGCCGGUCAAUGUGGCCCCGGUUGCGUCGACGCCCUGUUACGACGAUCUGUUUCCGGCGCUACCGGAGAGCGAACCACCGCGCUUCAAUAGCGCCCUGUCUCCGGCGGCGCAGAGCAUGCGUGUCGGUAGCUCGGUCGUGACGCAGGUGUUCAUCGUUCCGUCUGGCGAACGCAAGCAUGAUUCGGACAAGUUCGGCGAGGGCGAGUCCCUGCGCACGUGCCAGACAAUCAUGAAGGAAACGAACGCGCACAUCGAGAUCUCAAGCGGCAAGGAUCAGUCGCUGACGUUCCUGGUGACGGGCAAGGUACACGAGGUGUUCGAGGCCCGCCGUAAGAUUCUGGUGCACUUCCAGACGCAAGCAAGCAAGACGAUCAGCAUCCCUCGCGAACACCACCGCUGGAUCCUUGGCAAGAAGGGUGAGCGGCUGCGCGAGCUCGAGCGUACCACGGCGACGAAGAUCAACGUGCCGCGCAUCAGCGAGGAAUCGGACGUGAUCACGAUCCUUGGCACGAAGGAAGGCAUCGAGAAGGCGGAGCAUGAGAUCCGCACGAUGUCCGACGAGCAGUCUCGCAAGGCAUUCGAGCGAUUCAGCGUGCCGAAGAUCUACCAUCCGUUCGUGCAAGGGGCGUACGGCGAGAAUCUGCAGAAGAUGAUGGAGGAGACGGGCGCCAAGAUCAACGUACCGCCCCAGUCGGUGCAGAAGGACGAAAUCAUUAUUACGGGCGAGAAGGAGGGCGUGCUGGCUGCAAAGGCGCGCAUUGAGGCGAUCUAUAAGGAGAUGGAAAAGAAGUGUACCUCGGUUGCGGUGGAAGUUUCGCGUGCUCAGCAUAGAUACGUGUACGGUCCGCGCGGUUCGACCAUACAGGAGAUCCUGCAGAUGACGGGCGUGUCGGUGGAGAUGCCCCCAAGCGACUCACCGAGCGACACGAUCACACUGCGUGGCCCGCAGGACAAGCUGGGUAACGCGCUGAGCGUGGUGUAUCAGAAAGCCCACUCGAUCCGCACGAAUGUCCUGGAGUGCCCGCAGUGGAUCCACAAGUACAUCAUCGGUCGUGAGGGCGGCCACAUCAAGGAGUUCUCCGUCCAGCACCCGAACGUGCACGUCGAGUUCAACGAGGACAAGAUCAAGAUCGACGGCCCACCGGAACAGGUCGAGGUCGCGUCCGAUGAGCUGCAGAAGAUGGUGAACGACUUGACCGGCCGACUGACGUUUGCUGAGAUGGCUGUCGACCCGGUGCACUGCAAGCACAUCAUUGGCAAGGCGGGUGCCAACAUCAACCGCAUGAAGGAGGAGUACGACGUGCAGAUCAACAUCGACGAGAAGGACGCGAAGCCGAUUCGCAUCGAAGGGCCGCGUGAGGGUGUGGCAAAGGCGCAACAGGAGCUGCUGGAGAAGAUCGCCAAAUGGGAGAACGAGAAGGAGGAAUCGAUCAUCAUCGACCACCGGCUGUUCAAGACGAUCAUCGGUGCGAAGGGCGAGAAGAUCCGCGAGAUUCGCGACAUGCACAACCAGGUGCAAAUUGUGUUCCCUGGACCGAACGACAAGUCGGACAUCGUAAAGAUCCGCGGCAUGAAGGAGGACGUCGAUCGGUGCCACAAGUACCUCACACAGUACGUCAAGGAGCUGCAGAAGCACUCGUUCGUGAUGGAGGUGCCGAUCUUCAAGCAGUUUCACAAGUAUGUGAUCGGUAAGGGUGGUGCCAACAUUAAGAAGAUUCGCGAUGAAACGCAAACGAAAAUCGACCUGCCCGAUGAAGGGGACCAGAACGAGAUGAUCGUGAUCACGGGCAAGCGCGAGAACGUGAAGGAAGCCCGUGACCGUAUCCAGAAGAUCCAGAACGAGAUGGCGAACAUCGUAUCGGAAGAGGUGGCCAUCCCGGCGAAGCAUCACAUCUCGCUGAUCGGAACCGGCGGUAUGCUGAUCAACUCGAUUAUGGAGGAAUGUGGUGGGGUUUCGAUCAAGUUCCCCAACUCGGAAGCCAAGAGCGACAAGGUGGUAAUCCGCGGCCCUAAGGAAGACGUGGAACGUGCCAAGCAGCAGUUGCUGGAGCUGGCCAGCGAGAAGGAACUGUCUUCAUACUCGGUGCAGAUCCGUGCCAAACCGCAGCACCACAAGUUCCUGAUCGGCAAGAACGGUGCUUCCAUCAAGAAGAUUCGUGACAAAACGGGUGCUCGAGUGAUCUUCCCAGGUGUGAACGACCAGGACAAUGAGGUGAUCACCAUCAUGGGCAAGAAGGAAAACGUCGAGGAGGCAAAGAUCGAGCUGGAAGCGAUUAUUAAAAACAUCGAUAACAUUGUCGAUGACGAGAUCAGCGUAGAACCGAAGUAUCAUAAGCACUUCAUCUCGAACCGUGGAAAGGUACUGCGUCGCAUCGAGGAGGAGUGCGGUGGCAUGUCGAUUUCGUUCCCGCGCAGCGAUCGCGACGACCGCAACGAUCGCGUCACGCUGAAGGGCCCGAAGGACUGUAUUGAAACGGCAAAACAACGUAUCGUGGAGAUCGUACGUGAACUUGAAUCGAUGGUGACGAUCGAGUGCUACAUUCCCGCCCGUCACCAUCGCAUCGUGAUGGGCCGCGGUGGUUCCAAGGUGCAGGGCAUUACGUCGGAGUUCGGUGUGAACAUUAAGUUCCCCGAGCGCGGUUCUGGCAUGACGAUGGACGCUCCGAUGACCGUUGAUUCUACCGUCGCCACACAGAACGGCAAUGGCGGCGAGGCAAACGAGGGAGAAGCUGGCACUGAGGGCGGAGAGGCUGCUGUGUUGAAUGGUGGCGGUGGCGAGCAGGCAGUCGUUGAGCCGGUCCAGCGUGUUUCGGACCUGAUUCGCAUCAGCGGCAACAUAGAAAAGUGUGAGCAGGCGAAGGCAGCUCUGCUGGCGCUGGUGCCUCAGACGGAGGAAAUCAUCGUGCCGUUCGACCUACACCGGUCGCUGAUCGGACAGAAAGGUCGCGACGUGAAAGAGCUGAUGAACACGUACGACGUGCAUAUCGAGAUGUCGCCGCAGGACAAGAAGCUCGACAUCAUCAAGGUGACAGGCACGAAGACGGCCAUCGCCGACGCGAAGGAGGCGAUCGCCGAGCGCAUCAAACAUCUGGAGGCGGACCGAAAGGACCGAGAGCUUCGCUCGUUCGAGGUCAAGGUAGAGGUGGAUCCGGUUUACCACCAGAAGAUCAUUGGCCGGCGCGGUGUCGUAAUCAACAAGAUCCGCGCCAACCACGACGUGCAAAUCUCCUUCCCGAAACAGGACGACCCACAAAACAGCAUCAUCACGAUCCAGGGUUACGAGGAGAAGGCACUUGCGGCUCGCGACGAAAUCCUCGCCAUGGUUGACACGCUCAGCUCGGUGUACAAAGAGGAGAUCCGCAUCGACGAGCGCGUGCACCGACGCUUCAUCGGUUUCCGUGGCAAGCGGCUGCGCGAGAUCAAGGAGCAGUACGGUGUGGAGAUCACGUUCCCGCGCAUGGACGAUGCAGACAAAUCGCUGGUCACGCUUGCCGGUACACCGGAUAACGUCGAGGCGUGCCGUGACUACCUGCUGAAUCUGGAGGAAGAGUUCCUGCAGGACGUGUCGGCCGCUCCGACCCAACCGACCAGCUUCUCGCAGAUUAUGGAGGAUACGCUCAGCAACCAGCAGACCAACAAACAGGGCUUCGUUGUCAGUGGUGCUCCGUGGGAGCGCAAGGCACCCAACACACAAUCGCUGGAAGAUUUCCCUGACUUUGGUGGACUUGGCGGGGGUCCGGGACCGGCAGCGGCUAGCGCCGAGCAGAACGCGCAGGCGCCCAUCAACUCUGCCUGGAAUGCCAAGCAUUAAUGGGCGAGGCGCCAAGUUUUUUCGUUCGUCCCACCAUCUUAUUCCCGGCUCGCCAUGGAUUGAACGUCGAACCCCUAAACACAACCCCCUCGGCACAGGACUCUGGAAUAAUUCUUACAAAAGCAAUCAUUUGUUAAUAGAAAGGAAGAAAGUUAACCUUUUAAGUAGUAUACCGGAACCGCAACCGGUGCAAUUCCUCUAUUGCGUCCUCUCCGCACUCGUCCACUCGGUGGCAGCGGAGAUCCUAUGCAAUACUGUAAAAUUUGGGGCGCUCGUUUUUAGAUAAAGCUCAAUCGAUAGAGAUACAGAACGGAACGGUGAGGAGAAUAGAGGAACCCAACAACGUACCAGAAUUUAGUAUCCACUCUUACUCUAGCAUAGACGAAAUGAACGACUGCAGUUCGAAAUGCAACUAAACUUACUGUCACGUUUGCUCACCGGCACAAUACUCCCCCUUGCAACGAUACCCGUUUAGCCAAAAGAUUAGGGAGAUUUUUGUUUCUCUUCUAUAUUUUCUACACUUCACUGUUGCGAACGGUCAAUUUUGCUUCCUUUCGAGUCAGCAACGUGAAACGCGAAGAAUGAGAAAGACACCAGUAGUUGAAAGAGAGAGGACACCUCUAUUUCUUUUUGUGUGUUCACCGAUUUUCGUUCUAUCGCUGUUAUAUAAUUAACCUGUGUGCUGCCGUUCGCGCCGAUCGCGAAUGAGCGUUUUAUUUGCACUUGUUUUUUCUGUAAAAGUGGUGUAAUAUUUACCAUUUUUGGAUACCAUAAAGGACUACGGAGGACAGAAAACGAAACAAACUGUAACAAACGUUAGAAAAGAGAGAUAUAUACCGACAAAAACACACACACACACAAUGCAAAACAUAUAUAUACAUAUUUUGAUAAUCAAAUAUUAUUUUCACUAUCGUAUAAAAUAAAGACAAGGUUUGUGUGUGUGUGCAUGUGUGCAAAUGCGCUGUUCGCAUCUCGAUAGGUUGCACCCCGUUCGACAGGAUCGCGUCCGUUUCUUUACAUUAGGUAAAACAUAGCCCGGAUCGGAGACGAUGCUGAGUGAGCAGUAACCCUGCGUCAAGAAAAGCAGCGCGUGCAAGCUAGCUGACCGCAAAUCAGCCUGACCCGUUUUCGUCCUAAAGACGAAGCGCGUCAAGGAUUGAACGAAGUAUCACGCUUCUAGCGGACAAAGAAACUGCAGGCUAAAAAGAAAUGGAAACAAUAAUAACUGAGUAAAUCUAAGGGAAGGCUGGCUUUGGUUUCUAGUAGGAGGAAGAGGCUGGCGAAACUCGUUGAGUUGAAUUGCUGCAAUUAUGAUGUGGGAGAGAGGCGCAAAAGGAAAACUAAUUAUACAACAAUAUAUAUAUUGAACUUAGAGAUAUAAUGGAGAAAAGUUAAGAGUGGAAUGAAACUAAUAAUUGUAGUAAUGGCAUUGUGCAACAGUUGGAUGAAAACAACACGGGGGAUAGAGAAAAUAGAGAGAGGAAGAUCGAGAAAAAAGGUGCUUGCGACGGUGAAUCGUGGCGAAGUGUUAUAACAGAUAUGACGGAAAACCCCCGUAAAAGAUUGUUUGUUCAGCGCAACACGCCUACACACAAGCAUGCUUAUGGGAAUGAACGGAAGGUGAUCACUGAAAGUGGCAUCGUCCUGUGCGCAAGGAUAUACUAGGUGGAAUUGAAACGGCGGCGACGGAUGAUGGCCCCAAACGAGAAAAGGGGCUGGUUUGUAGUAAAGCAGCCACAUACUACAACGCGCGGAUCAUGGGAGACGCCGUGCAACGAGAUCGAGAAGGAAUUAUAAAUUAGCUUCCUUUUACGGUAUAAAAAAGCGUAAUAACGAGAGUGAAAUAGCGCCGCUCAGAAACUCCUCGCGGUUGGUUGGUGGGCCACUUCGAUCACAGAAGAAAAAGAGAGUCUUGCGCCCAGCGGGGAGAAAAUCACGAAAAGGUGGCGUAAGCCAGCAUGUCACCCAGGAAGCUAAUACAACUUGUGGUGAAAUAAAAACUUAUUACAUUUUCUGUAAUCGGCUCGGUGUGUUAGCGUUUUUCCUUCAUUGCGCCGUUUCUCGUUUUCGU